GAGGAAGAGGAAGAGAAGGAGGAGCAGCAGCAGCAGCAGCUCCUGGUCCCAGCCCCGACCCGCUGCUCUCCCGCCGGCCGCAGGAACAGAACAACCAGGCUGGAGGAAGCGGCAAGAACGUGUUGUUGAACUUCUAGAGAGACAGAUGGGGACAGUUCCCUCCUUUCUGGUGGUGGCUGUGCUGUAAAACUGGGCUCCUGGUUUUCCAAGUGGUUCCUGUGUGUGAUACAUCGAAAGAUUUAGUGUCAAGGACUAUACCUGAGCGGGCUGCACUCCCUCUGCUGCAGGAAUCUCAAAAUGACUGGGCAGACCAUAGAGGAGUGGAGAAAUACAACUUUUGGCAAUAAAUCCUGUGGCCUGUAAUGCAUUCAUCCCAGUAAGUGAGAUUCAACAUUCUUGAAAAAGGAGUUGGAGACUUGCAAAAUAGUAAUUAAAAAAAAAAAAACCUCCUGCCAAUAAUUCCUAUCUGCACAAAUACAAGUUGAUCUGGAGAUUCAUGCAUAGAGCUGAUGAUGAGUUGCCUGUGGUUUUGGGGAGGCUAAUUCUUGCUUUUGAUUGCAUUGGAAAUCUGAACUUGAUGUUCAUGAGAAGCAAAACCAGAGAACGUGGGUUACUCAGUGUGCCUGAAGACCACAGAGGCAGCAGCGAGAAGGCAAAACUUCUGUUUGAAGCUGUAGCUUCAGCUGUGUUUUAUUGUGUGCACUGGGAACUGAGAGAAAUAGCAACCAACCUGGGAGAAAAUGCCAACUAAAGGUAAAUACUUCUUCAAUGAAAAUGAUGACUGCAGGAUAUCAGACCCGCUCUAUGAGAAGUACCGCUACACAAGCCAGCAGCAUCCCCUCCUGCUACUGCUGCUCUUCAUUGCAAUCAUCUUCUGGACUACUCUAAUUAUCAUCUUCUUUGUUACUGAUGUAGCGCGUUCUCAUCCUGCCUUCAUCAUCGCAGUGUGUGCUGCCCUGGUCAUAUUUGCAGUCAUGUACUUGCUGCUGUGCAUUGAAUCCCUGUUCCGAAGGUGGCUGACGUUCUUUGGAGUGAUGAUUUGGAUGUGCUUCCUAACUGUGGGAUAUGUAUCUCUUUUUGAAGAAAGUGAUUAUCAGCUGUGGGAUCAGGUGCCAUUCUUCCUGUUCAUAAUCUUCACAGUUUAUACCAUGCUACCCUUUGGGAUGCGAGGUGCCAUCAUAAUCAGUGUUCUUUCUGCUCUUUCCCAUAUUAUUGUUCUAAGCACUGUGGUAGGCAUGAUUUCUCAGAAAAAGGAUGAAUCCUUUCUAUUUCAGCUACUUGCCAAUGCUGUCAUUUUCCUUUGUGGUAACUUGAUGGGUGCAUUUCACAAACGCCAAAUGCAGGUUGCUUCGUGGGAUUUGUACAGAUACACACUGAAGUGCAUUCAGGUCAGAAUGAAACUGAAGAUUGAAAAGAGGCAACAAGAAAAUUUGCUUUUAUCCAUCCUGCCAGCUCAUAUCUCUAUGGAAAUGAAGUUGGCAAUCAUUGAACGACUGAAGGAAACUAAUGAUAAUAGGCAAAUGCAUGACAAUAAUUUCCACAGUCUAUAUGUAAAAAGGCACCAAAAUGUUAGCAUUCUUUAUGCAGAUAUUGUAGGAUUUACUCGCCUGGCCAGUGACUGCUCUCCUAAGGACCUUGUAGUGAUGUUGAAUGAGCUUUUUGGAAAGUUUGAUGAGAUUGCAAAGGAGAAUGAAUGCAUGAGAAUAAAAAUCCUGGGAGACUGUUACUACUGUGUCUCAGGCCUACCUGUGUCCUUACCAGUUCAUGCCAGGAACUGCGUUAAAAUGGGACUCGACAUUUGUGAAGCAAUCAAGAAGGUGAGAGAAGCCACAGGAGUAGACAUCAACAUGAGGGUUGGAAUUCACUCUGGGAACGUGCUGUGCGGGGUGAUCGGCCUGCGCAAGUGGCAGUACGACGUCUGGUCGCACGACGUGUCCUUGGCCAACCGCAUGGAAUCCGCUGGUGUCCCGGGCCGUGUGCACAUCACUGAAGCAACGUUAAAUCACCUAGGCAAAGCUUAUGAAGUAGAAGAAGGGAAUGGACACCUGAGGGAUCCUUACCUUGAAUCCAUGAAUAUCAAAACUUACUUAGUAGUUGAUCCAAGGUCGAAGCAAUGUAUAUCAAAUAAUCACCUCCCUAAAACAAGAGUUAACGACGGGCUGAAGAUGAGAGCAUCUGUGCGGAUGACACGGUAUUUGGAGUCCUGGGGAGCAGCCAGGCCCUUUGCCCACCUGAACCACAGGGAGAGUGUGAGCAGUGACUCUUCAAGUUCUCAGGGAAGGCAAAGAAAGGAAAUACCUUUGUGUUCCACUGGGCGCCAGAGAACAACUGAGAGAAAUUCAUCUCAGAAGGGAAGGAUGGAGGAAGACAUUUAUGAUGAAAUGAUGUCAACCAUUGAGGGCCUCAGUUCAACUAAUCCCUGGUGUGGCAAAUCCGAUGACUUCUGUGGAUUUUCACUGAUUUUUGCAGAACCUGGUCUUGAAAAAGAGUAUCGCACCAUUCCUAUCCUAAAACUGAAGAGUUACUUCGCUUGUGCCAGUUUUGUGUUCCUCUGUAUAUUUGUGAUACAGAUGUUUAUCAUGCCGAAAACUGCAAAACUGGGAAUUUCCUUUGGAAUUGUUGCAGUCAUCAUUGGGCUUAUUUUAUUUCUGUGCUUUGCUGAGAAAUGUAUGAAGUGCUGCUCAGAGCAGUGGCCUUUCCUGCGCCGUCUUUGUGCUAUCUCAGAAAAGGUGGAAACAAUGCCUUUACUUAGGCUUCCCUUAGCAGUCAUCACUAUAUCUGCCUUGCUGAUUAUAGCCAUUUUUAAUUUGACUACUGAGAAGAACAAACCUGCAAACUUUACUGGAUCAAAUGACAUGGGUGCUACUACCGAUCCUUUGGGAAACACAAGUCAUUCCUGCAUUGAGGAAACUUAUUAUGCUUACUGCUGUAUAUUGGGGUUCAUCGCUUGCUCGGUAUUUCUUCAAAUGAGCUUCGAACUCAAAGUUCUUCUCCUGUCCAUUGCUGUGACUGUCUACCUCAUCCUCUUUAACACCCCUCAGCAUAGAAACUUGAGCUUCUAUGACAACAGCACCAGGCUUUUCAUCAAAGAGCCGAGAAUAAUGACUAAUUUAUAUCUGGUUCUGUUUUACAUAACCCUUGUUUUACUUGCAAAACAGAUUGACUAUUACUGUCGACUGGAUUGUCUGUGGAAGAAUAAGUUUAAAAAAGAACAUGAACAAUUUGAAACUAUGGAGAAUGUUAACAGGCUUUUGCUGGAAAAUGUACUUCCAGCACACGUUGCUGCAUAUUUCAUUGGUGAAAAACGAAAUGAGGACUGGUACCAUCAAUCCUACGACUGUGUGUGUGUCAUGUUUGCAUCAGUACCAGAUUUUAAGGUGUUCUACACAGAAUGUGAUGUCAAUAAAGAAGGCCUGGAAUGCUUGCGGCUGUUAAAUGAAAUCAUUGCUGACUUUGAUGAGCUCUUGUUAAAACCUAAAUUUAGUGGUGUUGAAAAAAUAAAAACGAUUGGAAGCACUUACAUGGCAGCAGCCGGUCUCAGUGUUACACCAGGCCAGGAGAACAACCAGGAUAGGGAGAGACAGCAUGCCCACAUUGGGAUUAUGGUGGAAUAUGGAACUGCCUUGAUGAGCAAACUGGAUGGCAUCAACCGACACUCCUUCAACAACUUCCGCCUACGCAUUGGGAUCAAUCAUGGCCCUGUGAUUGCUGGGGUGAUCGGUGCCCGGAAACCUCAGUAUGACAUCUGGGGCAACACUGUUAAUGUUGCCAGCCGAAUGGAGAGCACAGGGGAACUUGGGAAAAUCCAGGUCACAGAAGAAACAAGCAAAAUACUACAGGAGUUGGGAUACUCGUGUGAAUGUAGGGGACUCAUUAAUGUCAAAGGCAAGGGAGAAUUGAGGACUUACUUCGUUUGCACUGAGACAGCCAAAUUCCAAGGUAUGGGACUGAACUGAGGCUAUGAUGAAGUUAAUCAAAACAGACUUAGAACUGCCUCCCUUCUGUGAAGACUUAUAAUUUCCCUCCUUAUGUGAAGGACUUUAUUCUAAAAAUAUGUAUAUGCUGUUCCUAUCUCUUCUACAUCUCAAGAGAAUUUUUUUUAAUAAAGAAGAGUUAUGAAAAUUUCCUAGAAGACACACAACAAUCAGUCUGAAAAAGACUACCUUUUCCUGAAAUAAUUUGAGGACUUACCUGGAAUUGCCACGAAGCAUUUUCAGUUAGUUUCUUUCCUUACCUGCACUGUGGGAGUCUUAACAGCUCCAGUACCAACACGUGUGGAUGCACUGUGGAACUCAGUACCAUGUUAAAACAUUCCACUGCGUGGUUCUUUGACACACACCUGCUUUUCAGUAUUGUGUUUGGCCAGGCAUGUGCAGUGAUACCGUGGGCACUGCAUAUCCUGCUUUUAAUGCUGAACAGAUUCACAGAAGACAGAUGAAUAAUGGGAAGAGGAACGCAAAUGAACUCAAAUGUAUCAUAUGACAACUGUGCUGAGCCCCUUUGGGGAAAGACCCGCAUUGCACAGGAUCUGGUCAUUUUAUCAUCCGUGCCUUCUCUGCAGAAGUACCUUGUGACCAAGAGCUGUUCAGAAAUAACUUUCAUCUAGUUCAGCGUGUUUACAUUAUAUUACAUGUUCUCCUUCUGUGUCUCUUUAUUUAGUAUCUGCAAGUGCAUUUUAUUCAGUCACAUAUAAGUCUUACAAUUUUUGAUUUUAAAUUUCAAAAAAUCCACGGGAUGGUGAGGAGUGUGGGGCACCUGUGGUUUACCUGAUAGACAGGCUCUGACAGCCCCUGGUGUUGCUGAGACUGGCAGGAAUUCUGUGUGCUGACUGUGUUCUUGGGGCACUUAGGGAAAAAAAUAAUCUGUUCUGAAUUGCUGGAAACUGAAGAACAGAAUUAUUAAGAUAGUAUUAGAAACAGUAGCAGAUACUGUAUUAACGGAACUGUGUCUGAGGUGCGGCUUGGUUUUUUUUAAAUUUUUAUUUCUACAAUUUGACUAGCCACUGGCUGGUUUCUGUACCUUUUAAAGGUAAUACAGUUUAUGAAACAAACUGGUUUUGAAGGUUACUAAUGAAAAUAUUCAUAAUGGAAAUGUUUCAGCAGAGCCCCAAUGCUGAAAGUAUGAGUAGAGCAUUCAUAUUAUCAUGGAAAUUGACUUACUGUAAGCUAGUUUAGUUUAGUCUGUAAAGUUUUUAAGCUUUAGUGGCUUUUGCUAAUUUCUAAAUAGGCAUUUUUCUACUUUCUGCAAUCUCUUGAUCUGUUUUCUGUUGGUGGAGAUAGUAUUUUGUAAGGCUAACAUCUUGUGCCCAGUUAUGUGUAUUAACUAAGAUGGAUUCUCCCCUCCUCCCCACAUACCACAUACAGUAGGGCAGGACAGCACAGUGAUCAGUGAGUACAACACCUGUUUAGUUAAGCCUUACUCUUCUACAAACAGAGCAGCAUUUACUGUUUCUGGAUUUAGUACUGACCCACCUUGGACAAGUGUUUAAGCAGUCCUAUGCAUCACUGCUGCUUUCUAAUUACUGUGUAAUUUCUUUAGAAGAUGAAGUGACUAUGUUUCAAGACAGGAACAAAUCUAAAUAUUGUCCAACUGUGGAUUAAAAAUUGUGCUUGCAGCCUUUGUCAAUUUUGUAGGUCAAAUCUGUGUGUAGUAGCUCUCCAACAGAAAACAGCAUGUUAGAAAACCUUAGUUUGAGGUUGUCUUGUUCACACGUGGGCUCUGCUGAAGAAGAAAGCAUCGUAUGUGGUGUCUUGUUAGUGCAAGUCAGUGUUGUAGUUGAAUAAACUUUCAAAUAGCUUUUGCUGCUCUUGUAUGUUGUGUAUUUGUAGUUACAGGUGCUCAGCAAGCAUUUGUUUUGAGAUAGUUAUUUAUUUUUUUAUAGGGACCAUGCAUGUGUCAAAGGCUCCUUUCAGCAGUCUGAUGUCCUGUUAGGUGAAGUGACCACUUGUCUCAUGAAUCCAUUUUGAAAAGUGCAUUAUGCCUAUAAAUAGAGCUGGCUCUGAAGUGCUUCUGUUCACAGAACUAGUAGAAUGUAGAUGUAAGUUAUCUAUGAAAGAAAAUUCGCUGUAGCAGCAUUUUGAAAUGGUUUCCUUUACGUGUUGCCUUGUCAGCCUGGUAACUUGCUUGGGCGUAACUUCAACUCGACCUCAUUUGCAGAAGUGCCCCGAAGAGCUGCAGCUUUCAAAGGGGAAGGAGAUGGGUUUUGUUGCGGGUUUAAAAGGACUGCUGGCUUGGUGUGCUGUGCAUGGUGUACUUGGGGAAGUCAGAAACUGUGUGAUGAAAAAAGAGGAUGACUAAUUUUUCAUCAGAACUGGAACUAUGUAAUAUGAGAGCUAUAUUCAACCACAGAAAAAGUUCAACUUAAGAAAAAACUGUAUUUAAGUAAUUGUUUUCAGCAGUCCUUCUGGGAGCAAACUGUGAAACUUAACAUUGAGGAAAAAAAUCUUAGUAGAAAUAUCUUCCUUACAGCAUUAUUUUUUUCCUUAUAUGGAAAAAAUGGCACUGUAUCUAAUUUGAAGAGCUAAUGACAUCUGAAUUAGGCAUCUGUUUUAAAGAACAAACUUUUGUUUUUACAGUGAAAUAAAAACUUCCUGAAACAUGUUUGGGUUUGCAAUUAUUUUGAUGAAGAUUCCCAUGAAUAGAAGGCAUAUUCCUCACAGCCCUAAAGAGUUAACAGGAUUGUUUUUGCCUAUAAACUAAACUCAAUAUUUACCUUUUUAGAAAAUGUUGCAAGUGGAAAAUGGGUAGAGUGACAUCCAUGUGUUCAAGAGCUGAGGAGAAAUUUCAAUUAUUG